AUGUCAGAAAAGGAAAUUAAAGCUCUGCACAUGCAGAGGGGUAAUAUUAAAAGAAUAUUAACAAACUUAGGAAGCGCAUUAGACAAAAUUACUGACGCCAAAAGCAUAGUUAUGCUUGAUCCUCAAGGAAGAUUGCAAAAACUUAAGGAGACUUGGGCCGAAUUCGAUAAAGUUCAAACGCGUCUCGAAGAACUUGUACCGGAAGAGAUUGAAAUUAUUAAUAAUGAUGAUCCGUCGUCUGAAUUCAGGUCACCCGCGCGUGACAAUUUCGAGGAACGUUAUUUUUUCUUAUCUGCUUCAUUAAAGGCAUUGCUAAAUCCGGAAAAUACUAGUUCAAGAGAAAUUAGUCACUCAGCAUCCACAGAACAUUUAACUAACAGUCAAGAGAAUAUAAUAUUUUCAAAUAUUAGGCUUCCCACCAUAAAUCUUCCAACAUUCAUUGGCACAUACGAUACAUGGUUAGGAUUUUCUGACACAUUUAAAUCAAUAGUGCAUGACAAUCCGAAAAUUCCUCAGAUUCAAAAGCUUCAUUAUUUAAAAUCUUGUUUAAAAGAUGAAGCUGCAGACUUAAUUGCAUCUCUCGAAACAUCAUCCGACAAUUAUACUGUCGCAUGGAACUUAUUAAAAGAUCGCUAUGACAAUAAACGGGUAAUCAUUGAAAAUCAUACUAGAGCAAUUAUACAAGCUCCGGUUACAUCUAAGGAAUUUUCUAUUCGUGCACUAUUGGAUCAUAUACAAAAACAUUUGAGAGCACUUCGUGCAUUAGGACAACCCGUUGACAAAUGGGACACAAUUCUCCUGUUGUUAAUUAAAGAUAAACUUAAUGCUCCAACGCGCGAAAAAUUCGAAGAUAUCACUAAUGAGAUAACACUUCCAACAAUGAAAGACAUGAUAACCUUUCUCCAGCGCAGGGCUCAAUUUGAGGACACAAAAUCGGUUCAAGUAAGCGUCAAAUCAGGUAAUAAAAAUGACUCGCGAAAUAUUAGCAACGCGCCAAAAAAGAAUCCUCAGCAACACGCAUAUGUUGCAUCACAGACGAGUAAACCAGCUUGUUUUUACUGUCAAGGUGAGCACGAGAUUUUUUCUUGUGAAAAGUUUCUAAAAUUUUCCAUAAAAGAAAGAAUAGAGGAAACUCGAAAACUUUCUCUUUGUACUAAUUGUUUGCGACCAAAGCACCGGGCGAAAGAAUGUCGAUCAGGUCCAUGUAGAAAAUGUGGUAAAAAACACAAUUCUCUAUUGCAUAUUGAGGAAAAGGCAGUGGAACCUUCGGAGGUACCCAAUGCAAACAAUUCGUCAGUUAAUAUGCAAUCACACACAACUUCUCAUUCUUUAGUAUCCACGGCCAUUGUCGACAUAAUCGAUAAUCAAGGUCACUCACAUCCAUGUCGAAUAUUAUUAGACAAUGGAUCUCAAUCACAUUAUAUGACAGAGAAAAUGGCAUCCCUUCUCAAACUGCCUAGACAAUCUGUUAACAUUGCGGUUACAGGUUUAAAUCUAGCCUCAAAUGAUAUUAAUGAAUCUGUCUCGGCAACAUUUAAAUCUCGCUUUAAUAAUUUUGAGAAAAAACUAGAUUUUCUAGUCGUCCCACAUGUUACAGGUACCUUGCCGUCAAUACCAAUUAAUCGAAAUGUUCAUAACAUACCAACAAAUUUAAAGCUUGCCGAUCCUGAGUUUUUUAAACCCGCUGAAGUUGAUGCUUUAAUCGGCGUGCAAUUGUUUUACAAGCUCAUAUGCGUAGGUCAAGUAAAGCUUCAAGGUCAUGAGGCAAUAUUACAAAAGACUCGAUUAGGUUGGAUUAUAGCAGGUGAUGUAUCUCAAAGAUAUUUAGGUUUCAAAAAUACAACCUGUCACUUAACAAUGAAUUCAACUCUUUUUCAAAAUGAUGAACUAACUCGUUUUUGGGAAAUAGAGGAGGUUCAGAAAAAACAAAUUUUUUCGGUACAAGAACAAGCUUGUGAGUCACACUUUUCUCAAAAUGUUAAGAGAAACGAUAAUGGUCAAUAUAUAGUUAAAUUGCCCUUUAAUGAGAAUAAAGAAAGGUUAGGAAAAUCGUAUGAGAUAGCUCUUCGACGUUUUUAUGCUCUAGAAAAUAAAUUUUUAAAGAAUACAGUAUUAAAGGAGGCUUAUUCUAAUUUUCUCGAAGAAUACGAAGCUCUUAAUCACAUGUCAUUAGAUAUUGAUCCUAAUUCUCGCUAUACAGGUUUCUUUUUGCCCCAUCAUGCUGUUUUAAAAGAAGACAGCUUAUCAACUAAAACAAGAGUAGUUUUCGAUGGUUCAAUGGAAGAUUCAAAUGACAUGUCAUUAAAUAAGGCUCUAAUGGUAGGUCCAACAAUACAAGACGAUUUAUUUACAAUCUAUACAAGAUUUAGAUCUUUUCCGUUCGCUCUUACAGCUGAUAUUGAAAAGAUGUAUAGGCAGAUUCAGGUAGAUAUAGAAGAUGCAAAUUAUCAGAAAAUUCUUUGGCGCAGCAAUCCAACAGAACCUAUAAAAAUUUACAAAUUAAAAACCGUUACGUAUGGUACGGCAUCAGCUCCUUUUCUAGGAACUCGAGUUUUAAAACAAUUGGCAAUAGAUGAAGGUGACGCUUUCCCUUUAGCUGCUAAGGUUUUAAAACGAGACUUCUUUGUCGAUGACAUGCACACAGGUGCAUCGACAUAUCAAGAGGCUUUAGAGUUACGCAAUGAACUUAUUGAAUUAACAAAAAAGGGCGGUUUUAAUUUGCGUAAAUGGGCAUCAAACGAUUCACGCUUAAUUAACGAUAUGACAGAAACUAGUGAAACUGAAUUAAUGUCCCUACACUCAAUAGACACCAUAAAAACACUAGGAAUUUUUUGGAAUCCAAAGGAUGAUACUAUUCUCUAUAGUGUCAAACCUUUGAAUCCCGACAAACAAUUAACAAAAAGAUUAAUUUUAUCAGAAAUCGCGAAACUUUUCGAUCCACUUGGAUUGCUCGGUCCAGUUAUUGUCCAAGCAAAGUUAAUAAUCCAAUUAUUAUGGAAAUUACAAAUAUCAUGGGAUGAAAUAAUUCCACCUGAGGUUUAA